AUGCGCCGCGCGGAGACCAUUAAGCACAACAACCGCGUGAACGUGUACGUGCGCGUGCGCGCGUUCCGCGAGGACGAGACGAGCGGGGACAUGGGCCAGCUGGCGGUGAACAUGGACGACAGCGCUGUGGAGGUGACGGUGCCGAAGAAGGGCCGCUUCACGUUUGGGUUCGACGGGUGCUUCUGGAGCAACGACCGUGCGUGCCCGUCUGGAAAGCCGUCGGCGUCGCAGGAGGACGUGUUCGAGGAGGUUGGGCGGCCGCUUGUGGAGAACGCGCUGGCGGGGUACAACGCUGCCGUGAUGGCGUACGGGCAGACGGGGAGCGGGAAGACGUACACGUCGUUCGGGCCACCGGGGUCGAUCGGGACGUCGCAGGAGGGCCUGAUUCCGCGCGUGUGCAACAUGAUCUUCUCGCGCGCGGCGAACAGCGCGCAGAAGGGCGUGACGUACACGGUGUCUGCGUCGAUGCUGGAGGUGUACCUGGAGGACGUGUUCGACCUGCUGAACCACCGCAAGCAGCUGAGCGUGCGGAACGACUUCACGAGCAACAUGUUCAGCGUUGUUGGGCAGAAGACGGUGCCCGUGAAGAGCUACAAGGACGUGCUUGCGGUGCUGAACAAGGCGGAGCCGCUGCGGACGUUUGCGGCGACGAACAUCCACGACCACUCGUCGCGCGCGCACACGCUGUUCAUGCUGGAGGUGCAGACGCACUUCGACGCGCCGGAUCUUGCGCCGCGGUGCGCGAAGAUCAUGCUUGCGGACCUCGCGGGGUGCGAGCGGAUCCGGCUUGCGGGGACGGAGGAGGGGCUUGCGUUCGAGCAGGCGCGCAACAUCAACCUGUCGCUGCUGGCGCUGGGGUCGUGCAUCGAGGCGGUUGCGACGCGUGGGCGAGGCAACUCGCGGCCGAUCCCGGAGUUUCGCAACAGCACGCUGACGAAGCUGCUGAAGGACUACAUUGGCGGGAACAGCAUCUCGACGAUGAUGGUGACGAUCUCGCCGAGCGAGCGCGACGCGAACCUGUCUGUGCAGACGCUGCGGUUUGCUGACCGCGCGAAGCAGAUCACGACGCAUGCGCACGUGAACACGGUGGACCCGCAGCAGGCGAAGCAGGACGGGUGCGAUCUGAGCGACCGGUGGCGCGACGAGUACCUGCGGAAGAAGGAGGCGCUGUACGCGGAGUACCAGCUGAAGGGGACCAUCGAGAAGCUGCUUGCGCGGAUCGCGGAACUGGAGGCGAGGCUGCGCGAGUGCGCGGACGACGAGCUUGCGCUACACCUGACGACGGAGGUCGAGACGCUGCAGAAGGCGCUGACGGAGGCAGACUACCAGAUGGGGCUGCAGCGGCAGAUCCUGUACGGCGAGUUCCUGAUGCUGGAGGACGAGCUGCGCGAGCUGAAUACGAAGAUGCAGGAGAUGAAGGAGGAGCACGAGGAGGCGAUGGAGGGGCUUCUUGGCGAGGAGGCCGGGCGGUUCGAGGAGAUGAAGCGUGGGUACGAGACGCGGCUGCGCGCACUGCAGAGCGAGAGCGACGCCACGCUUGCUGCGUCCACGGACGAGAUCGCUGCGCUGCGGCGCCUGGUGGCGGAGCUGCAGGAGCGCCUCGCGGCCAAGGAGACGGAGUGCGCAGACCUUGCGGACCGGCUGAGUGCGUUACAGGCGAAGUACGACGCCGACACUUGCGCCAGCCAGCGCGUGCGCAGCGAGCUGGAGGCGCAGCUUGAGGAGCUGCGCAACCGGAGCGAGGAGCGCGAUGAGCAGCUCGCGAUGGUAGAGGCGCAGCUAGAGGAGUCGGAGAGGCAGGUGAGCGAGCUGACGAAGCGCCAGGAGCAGCUGAUGCGCGAAGAAGAGACGCUAAGGGCUACCGUGGAGCGACUGACCGUGGCUAUGGAAAGCACCGAGGAGAUGCUGCAGGAGACGUCAGCCAAGCUUGCCGACACCGAGGAGACACUGCAGGAGACGUCCGCCAAGCUCGCCGACACCGAGGAGACACUGCAGCAGACGUCCGCCAAGCUUGCCGACACCGAGGAGACGCUGCAGGAGACGUCCGCCAAGCUUGCCGACACCGAGGAGACGCUGCAGGAGACGUCCGCCAAGCUCGCUGACACCGAGGAGACGCUGCAGCAGACGUCCGCCAAGCUCGCCGACACCGAGGAGACGCUGCAGGAGACGUCCGCCAAGCUCGCCGACACCGAGGAGACGCUGCAGGAGACGUCCGCCAAGCUCGCCGACACCGAGGAGACGCUGCAGGAGACGUCCGCCAAGCUCGCUGACACCGAGGAGACGCUGCAGGAGACGUCCGCCAAGCUCGCUGACACCGAGGAGACGCUGCAGCAGACGUCCGCCAAGCUCGCCGACACCGAGGAGACGCUGCAGGAGACGUCCGCCAAGCUCGCCGACACCGAGGAGACGCUGCAGGAGACGUCCGCCAAGCUCGCCGACACCGAGGAGACGCUGCAGCAGACGUCCGCCAAGCUCGCUGACACCGAGGAGACGCUGCAGGAGACGUCCGCCAAGCUCGCUGACACCGAGGAGACGCUGCAGGAGACGUCCGCCAAGCUCGCCGACACCGAGGAGACGCUGCAGGAGACGUCCACCAAGCUCGCUGACACCGAGGAGACGCUGCAGGAGACGUCCGCCAAGCUCGCCGACACCGAGGAGACGCUGCAGGAGACGUCCGCCAAGCUCGCCGACACCGAGGAGACACUCUCUGCAGAGAUUGCGUUCUUGGCGGAGCAGCUCGGUGUGGCGCACACAUUGGGCGAGCAGCAGGGUGCGUACAUUAAUCAGCUGAUGGCGUACGUGAGCGCAGCAUACGGCGUUACUCUGGAUGGGAUGAUGGAGGUGCAGGCGACGGCGCUAGCGGAUAUGGUGAGGCAGUGUGACUACGUAGUUCGCUCUGUGGCGCAGGCCGCCAGCGACGAGGUGGAGCACAUAAAGGAGAUGUACAAUAUGGUUGACGGCAACUACAAGGAGACGGCGGCGCGCUUGGAUAUACUGCGCCGAAUUCUGGGAAAGAUCGAUCAGGAUGUCAAGGAGGCGAGCGUGGAGAUCGACGUCCCGGAGCGGCGGCUGACCGGCUCUUUGCACCCGACGCCGCGGCGCUUGGGUGAUGUGUCGAACCGCGAGAACAGCAUGGAACGAAAGGCAACCAUGUCUUAG